AUGGCCGCCUCCUGCGCCUCGGAGAGACGGGCGGCCUGCAGCCUGCAAGACCUUCGCAGCGGCACCCAGCACCCACGCGGAGACCCCGGGAACGACCCGGCGACCCUGGCGCACGUCCGGGAGGAGGAGGAGGGAGAAGAGGGCGAGGGAGAGGAAGCAGCGCGGCUGGCGCAGGCGCCGGUUGAUUGUAAUACCAACACUAAUAGGUUGGGUGAAGCACAGAUAAGCACUGAGGAUUUUGUAGAUUUUGCUGAUAUUUACUACUCUAACAAAGAGUAUUUCAGGAAACUAGAAGAGCUAAAGACUGCCCACAUAGAAACUAUGGCAAAGUUAGAAAGAAUGUACCAGAAUAAAUUAAGAUUAAAGGAGCUUCGACCAUUGAUCAUCCGGGAAGACACUUACAGUGCCUCUUCUGGGCCUUUAUUAGAAAAGAAGUAUCAGCCUGUCUCCUUAGUGACAGCUCUUUCAGAGCCUGAUAUAUGCCAGUCUCCCUCCUUGAUUAUGUCUUCCUCCGAAGAGGAGUUGCCCAAUUUUGAAACAAAAUAUCCUCAGAAAAAGGUAACCAUCAACUCUGCAAAGGAGCUCAUCAACAACAUGUGGAGGAACUUUUCUGUUGAAGAUUAUAUUCACUGUAAAGGUGCUGACUUCCCAGCUCCAGAAAAAACAAAGAAGAAACCAAAAGCAUGGGUGCCAAAGAUUACAAUACCUCAGCCUUUUCAGAUGACAAUUAGGGAACAGAAGCUAAAAGAAGAGCGCAUGAAAUCUAAAUCAGAAUUUGAAGCAUUACACAAAAUGAUGCAAAAGAAAGAAGAGUUAGAAUGUAAGAAGAAAUUCCGAGCCAAUCCAGUUCCUUCAUUUGUCUUUUUCCCUCCUUAUCGUGAUCUAGUUAAGCAAAAUGAGGAACGGAGAAGGUAUAUGAAGGAGAAAAACAAAGAAGCUCUUCUGGCUUCACAAAAGCCAUUUAAGUUUGUUGCCAGGGAAGAACAAAAGCGAGCACUUCAGGAAAGGCUUCUGAGAGACUUAUUGAAGUCUAAAAAGAAAACAAAUCGGUUUAGAGCAAAACCUGUACCUCAGUCUACUUAUGAUUUACCUGCCAAUGUCCUGAUGAAGGAAGAGUUUCAGCGACACUCGAAGCUGGGAAACCAAGAUAAGUUACAGUAUUCAUCCCCUGUGCCUAGCAGGCUAGUUCUCAGAAGUUUUGCUAUAAGGAAGCCCAAGAAUACCGCAAAGAUUGAAAAGUUGAAGAAACACAAGAUUAAAUACCAUAGUGCUGAUUGUGAAGAUUUUGAUCUUCCUGAGAGAGAGCAGAAAUACCUCGCAGAACAUAAGUAUCCAAAACACCUAAAAGACUAUCAGCCAGAAUCUUAUACAACCCAACUUGAAAUCUCUAAAAGAGAAAACAAAUUAGAAGACACUGAAGCAGAUGAACAAGAUCUGAGAGAAGUAUGUGAGCUUUAUCAGUCUCCAAGGCACAGGUCACCAGUCAGAACUGCAAAUGCAAAGUUUGAGCUAUGCAACUUCAAACCUCCAGUGCCCACAGUCUCUUCCAGAGGAAGGGAAGAAGCCACAAGGAGAUCACUUGAAAACAAGAAAAUGUUGGAAGAAGAGAGAAAUCGGAUCCUAACUAAACAGAAGCAAAGAAUGAAAGAACUGCAGAAACUUCUGAUAAACCGAGCUAAAGCUUAUGACACUCAUCAAAGUUUAGCUCAAAUGUGUAAAUCCAGAGUAAAAUAUCUAAGAAAGAGUGAAAAGGAAAGAAUGAGAGAAUACCAUCAAGAACUAGAAGAAAGAGAAGAAAGAUUAAAAAACAGGCCUCUGCUAUUUGAAAGAGUUUCUCAGAAAAAUGCAAGAAUGGCAGCAGAAAAGCAUUAUUCUAAUACCCUAAAAGCACUAGGAAUAUCUGAUGAAUUUGUUUCAAAGAAGGGUAAAAGUGGAAAAGUAUUUGAUUACUUCAACGACCAAGAGAUGAAUGAUUCCAUUGAAGAUAAAGAAAGCUUUAAUGAAGAAAGAAAAAUAGAAGAGAGAGAGAAUGCGGACACACAUUAUAUUAUUGAUACCAGCAGCCAAGAUUCUUGUGAAGAAGAAGAUGAAGCCCAUGAAGAAAAAGAAGAAGAGAAAUUGGUUUAG